AUGUGCAAGAGAAGUGGCCAAGCCAAUGAUGAAAUCAAUGUUCUCCUUCAAAGCCUUUUUUCUGUCUCUUUAUGGGAGCUUACUCCAAUCCUUGUCAAGGCCAGAGAAGACUCAUUUUCAUCUUUGAAGCUUAUGCUUCAAAAUCAAAACACAGCUUACCGCGCCUAUGCUAUCUCGAUUAUUGUUGUUGAGACAUUGAUACCUAAAGCGGUUCAUAUAGCUGGUGUAAUUUCAGGUCUCGAGACACUAGAUGUGUUGUCCGACCCACAAGUGCUCAUCUCCUUCAUCAACUUGGAAGGAUUCACGAUUGAGUUUGAAGAUUGGUUCUUCGAGAUAAGCUUUUUAAGCUUCUCACCUCCAACUAUCUCUUUCUUUUUCAUAUCUCUUUUGAGUAUUGUAAAAGUUGUUUUAUUAGUUAAUGUGAUCUUGGUGAUUGUAAACAAUUUCUCCAUAUGUGGUGGAGAGUGA